AUGGAAAGAAUAAAACGUAAUAGACGAUUUGCUGGAAUAGCAUUGAUUUUUGCCUCUAUAUGCUCGUUUCUUGUGUUCCAUGCGCCAGUUGUAAUCAGAAUGCCAUACAUAUCGCCAAAGAUAUCGCUCAGGUUUGCGUCUCUUUUUGUAUACACAUUCAUAUAUGCAUUCGUGUUUCUAGGUGCAAGCAUAAAAAGAGCAUCUCCGUAUAAGCAGGUGAGAAAGGUGGUGCUUAGGCACUCGAGAAAAGAAGACAACAGGGGAUGUCCAGGCCGCAAUGGUUUCAUGGUUGAAAAAAAUAUCCCAGAUGACAGAGGAAGUUCACGGGAAGUUUCUUGA